UACAUUAUCUACCUUAUCAACCUUCCCUCAUUUUUCUUUAGCUCCAGCACUCCAAAACGCUUUGAAAAACACUCCCAACCUCACACUUAUUCCAAACCCCCCAAAAAAUGGCAACAGCAGCUGCUCUAUCUGGAACCAUGGUGAGCACCUCCUUCAUGAGGAGGCAGCCAGUGACCAGUCUCCGGUCACUUCCCAACGUGGGUCAGGCUCUUUUUGGGUUGAAGUCCAGCCGUGGGGGGAGAGUGACCGCCAUGGCAUCAUACAAAGUCAAGCUUGUCACACCAGAUGGUCCACAGGAGUUUGAAUGCCCAGAUGAUGUUUACAUUCUAGACCAUGCUGAGGAGAUUGGUAUUGACCUCCCAUACUCAUGCAGGGCUGGUUCCUGCUCUUCAUGUGCUGGAAAGGUUGUGCAAGGGAGUGUGGAUCAGUCUGAUGGAAGCUUCCUUGAUGAUGAACAGAUUGAAAGCGGUUGGGUCCUCACCUGUGUUGCUUAUCCACAGAGUGAUGUUGUCAUUGAGACCCACAAGGAAGAGGAGCUCACUGCUUAAAUUUCUGAUAUAAGAAAUAUUUUUAUAUAUCAACCAAUUUCACUGUUGCUUUCUCUUCCUCUUCUCACUGUUUUUCGCUGGAUUGCUUUGGCUUUUAGUGUAUUUCAGGGAUAAGGUUUGCCUUGUUUCUGAAGUGAGUGAUUCUCAAAUGUUUUUUGUACUUUCAUUUGUAGUAUUGAAAUUACCAUAGCUUGUUAAACUUCUUACGUUGCUUUUCUAUAAUGCUCUCUGUUUCUGUCUU